GCUUCCCCCCGGGCCGCUGCUGAAGGCGAGCACGUGCUCGGGGAAGGCGCUCGGUCCCCGGGCAGGGUCUGCGGAGCGCAGCAGCACAGCCCAGGUGAUCUGCUCUGGAAAGCUGAAAGCCCUCUGGCCACCAGCCCGCGGCCACCCUUGACCCUGGCAGCAUCUUCAAAGGGAGCAUGGGCCUGCUGCGGAGCGUGCAAUGUUUGCUCACAGCCAGAGCCAGCAGCUACUGCCUGCCUGCCUUGGGGGGUUUCGUCAGCCCCCUGAAGCGCUCCAGGGGAGACCGCUCGGCCACUGCUGCUUGCACAAGGAACCCCCUCGUCAGGACCGCAGCCAUGGCCACCUCAGCGAGCUCCCACCUGAGCAAAGCCAUCAAGCACAUGUACAUGAAGCUGCCGCAGGGGGAGAAGGUCCAGGCCAUGUACAUCUGGAUCGACGGCACCGGGGAGCACCUCCGCUGCAAAACCCGCACGCUGGACCACGAGCCCAAGAGCCUGGAAGAUCUGCCUGAGUGGAAUUUCGAUGGCUCCAGCACCUACCAGUCCGAAGGCUCCAACAGUGACAUGUACCUGCGACCUGCUGCCAUGUUCCGGGACCCAUUCCGCAAGGACCCCAAUAAACUCGUUCUCUGCGAGGUCUUCAAAUACAACCGCCAGUCUGCAGAGUCAAACCUCCGGCACACCUGCAGGAGGAUUAUGGACAUGGUGUCCAACCAGCACCCCUGGUUUGGGAUGGAGCAGGAGUACACUCUCCUGGGGACAGAUGGACAUCCAUUUGGCUGGCCUUCCAAUGGCUUUCCUGGACCCCAAGGUCCCUAUUACUGCGGUGUAGGGGCGGACAAAGCCUAUGGCAGGGACAUUGUGGAGGCCCACUACCGAGCUUGCCUCUAUGCCGGCGUGAAAAUCGGAGGAACCAACGCAGAAGUGAUGCCAGCCCAGUGGGAGUUCCAGGUGGGACCAUGCGAAGGGAUUGAGAUGGGGGAUCACCUCUGGAUCGCGCGCUUCAUCCUGCACCGGGUGUGCGAGGACUUCGGGGUCGUGGUGUCCUUCGAUCCCAAACCCAUCCCUGGGAACUGGAACGGUGCUGGCUGCCACACCAACUUCAGCACCAAGAGCAUGAGGGAAGAAGGAGGUCUCAAGCACAUCGAGGAGGCCAUCGAGAAGCUGAGCAAGCGCCACCAGUACCACAUCCGUGCCUACGACCCCAAGGGGGGGCUGGACAAUGCCCGGCGCCUGACCGGCUUCCACGAGACGUCCAACAUCAACGAGUUCUCGGCCGGCGUGGCCAACCGCGGCGCCAGCAUCCGCAUCCCGCGCAACGUGGGCCACGAGAAGAAGGGCUACUUCGAGGACCGCCGGCCCUCCGCCAACUGUGACCCCUACGCCGUGACAGAGGCCCUGGUCCGCACGUGUCUCCUCAACGAAACCGGGGACGAGCCUUUUGAGUACAAGAACUAAGCGGACUGCGCCCCGCGGACACCGCCUCCCCCCGCGCUCCCCGCGCCCCUAAACUUCCCUUCUAGAUGUAAUCCCGAGGGUACAAGAUAACAUGUUUCGUGUCUCAGUAACUCUUGUUGUCUUGAGGUGGGGAGGAGGGCAGGUUUAGUUUUAUCCGUGUCUGUUUGUCGUUGACUCUUCAGAAGAUGAGAGGAGGACGGGGUGUUAGAGAACUUUUAACCACUGUUUUAUUUUUCUUGUCUAAUUCAUGUGUACAUCCGAUGGGAUCCAGUGGCUUCCAGGGACAGACUGCACACGCAGAAAGCCUGUAGGAGAGGAGAAAGCUUAAAACAGAGCCAGAUUUGGGGGGUCAGCCCCGCUGCUGGCUCUCUGCAGACUGAUGGUUCUCUAAGGUUGGUGCCUCUCUGUGGAGAAGGGAAGAUGGGAGCUGUGGCGAUGGGAGCUGUGCCUGUGCUCCUUCCUGUGUGGGGACAAUGACGGGGACAUCGUCGCCCUCCGGCCACUCUGAGGUUUCUGGGAAUCUUCUGGCAUUGAGCUCAGCGUAGGAGCAUUGAGGAGAACUCUUGGUUCUGUCACUGGAAGUCAACCGAUCUCUGGCUCGUAACACAGAGUGAAGUAGUAUUUUUCUAUUUAAAUAUAAAAACAGCAAAAAAAAAAAAAAAUUCUAUAUGAAAGUGUUUUUUUCUUGAAGAGAUGACGUUCCUCAUCCAGCCGGAGCGGGCAGAGCUCUUGCGGAUGUUGUCGGAGGCCUCCAGGUGGGACUGAGGGUGAGCUUGGAGGGAGACUCGGAUGAGAUUUGUUCCAGCAUGGAGUGGAGCUUGCAGGAGGGGGUUCCCAGAGCGGGAAGCCUGCACAGAAGCAUUUGUCACUGUGACUCGGGUGGCCGUGACGCGCUCAGAGCGGGAGGAAGGUGUCCUGAACCAAGAGUUGACUGGUCAACAACGUUCCGGACAGAGCCGUGGCUGUGUCACCUGUCCAGCAGGGCUAGCAUGUCACUAAAGCAGGGCUUUUGAUAAAGGUUUAAAACAAACAAACAAAAAAACAAAACAGAAAAAAAAAA